AGAUGUCAUUUGAACUUCAUUUUACGGUUCAAGCUUUGAAAGCCUAUCGCAAUAAUUUAGGCUCCCUAUUUGUUCCGUUUCUACCUCGUGCCUGCAAAAUGCAAGCCAUUUCAGAAUACGUACGCAGCCAUUAGCGCGUCCUUACAUUUGCGUGUAGCCCAAAUGUUUUAUUGUUCCUUUUAUUUAAACCUAAAUCGCACUUUGUUUAAAAUAAGCAGUCCACUCCAUAUAUUAUUAACGGCAGCGCUAAAAUGUGGCCGCUAGAACUCCCGCGGAUGGAUACGUGAAGAUCGAUAGCGAAGCAAUACGUCGCGGUUCGGAAAUACCGCGAAAAUGGGAUUUUACGGUGACAAACGCUGCGAAAUAAACCAGUACAUAAACCCAGCGUUGCGCAGGAGCUACUCGUUUGAAAAGAAACCACUAAGCGACUCAACAGGUCGAGAACUCAUCCAGACAGAAGGGCGGGAGCGCGUAACGUGCGCAACAAAGCCGCGCAGUAAGCGCAGCAGCAACCGGCACACCUUCCGUCUUCCUCCACAGCGGUCUCCAUUUUAACUCCUCGCCCAGCCUGCACCUCACGUGUCCUGGACUGUCUUUCUCACAUGACCCGUGUGUUUGUCCCCGUGAUCAGCGCUUCCAUCUCCCGUAUUUCAAGUGUCGCUGAAUAUCGCAUUUUAAAAUCCGUUCGCCUUCAUGGAUAUGCUCGAUCAGAGCUUGGACACCUCGACGAGUCACGACAAACAGGAAACUGAGGAGGUUGUUCAGCUGCAGGAGGGAGAGGGGGUGGGGGCGGAGGAGCAGGCUGCGGUUACCAUAGCGAGUGUCCAGCAAGCAGCAGCUUUCGCAGACCACAAUGUUCAAUACCAGUUCCGGACAGAGAAUACUGGUGGACAGGUGACGUAUCGCGUGGUCCAGGUGACAGAGGACCAUUUGGAGGCAGCGGGAGAUGGAGGAGCAGCAGUCAGUGUAGUGUCCGCAGCCACCUUUGCGGGCGCACAGCAAGCAGUAGCACAGGCUGUCAUCCAGAACCCUUUCAGUAAUGGAGGCAGUCCAGCGGGGGAAACAGUGGGGGGGGAAACACGCUUCGCCUACUUCCCAGCAGCAACUGUCAGUGACGGUACAGCUGUCUCGGUGCAGGCCACGUCUGAUCCGACCCUCACACAGGCUGGAGGUCAGUUUUACGUGAUGAUGAGUCCACCAGAUGUUUUGCAGACCGGAACACCACGGACCAUCGCCCCUCGUACACACACGUACUCUACAGACCUUGGUGAACGUGAGACUCUUCAACACAGCAGAUCAGACUGGAAGAUUGAUGGCCCCCGGGCGCCUCGUGACGAGAGAAGGAGAGCACAGCACAAUGAAGUGGAAAGGAGAAGAAGAGACAAAAUCAACAACUGGAUUGUCACGCUGUCUAAAAUCAUCCCAGACUGCAAUAUGGACAAUACCAAAACAGGAGCGAGUAAAGGAGGCAUCCUGUCUAAAGCAUGCGACUACAUUAGAGAACUCCGACAGACUAACCAGAGGUUGCAGGAGAGCUACAAGGAGGUGGAGAGAAUACAAGUGGACAAUGAGCUACUAAGACAACAGAUUGAAGACCUGAAGAAUGACAACGCACUGCUCAUAGCUCAACUACAACAGCACGGCCUGGAAAUCAGUGAAACUACAUCACAGUGACAAAAAAAAAAACAUUCUCACGAAUAAACAGUCUCAAGUGGAGAAAUAACCCCUCAUUGACACACUUGCUCGCAAUUCAUCACAGACUUAAGAUGUGCUGCAACUCAAGUAGAGUAUGAAUGCUUAUUUGAUACACAGACACAUCCUUCUGACAAGAGACUCUAUGACCAUUGUGAAAAUAAUAUCUGCUGUACAAGCACAUUUUGUUUUCUCCUUCACUUUCGCGAGAACUCAGCAACCCGGACCGGGUCGAUACGGAAUAACCCUCUUCCUCCAGAAGUUUCCCGCUUGCCACAAGUCUUUGUCUUUUAGUUUGAAUCUGGGAUUUGUGAAUCAAUUAUACGCCUGCUCAUGCUUAAUGCUCAUAUAUUUGUUCUGUUUGAAACAUUUUGUGGAUUUUAUUUUUGCUACACCGUACAAAUGUUACUACUGUCUCUAACAUGACAGGAGGUCUUUUUUUUUUUCGAAGGGUUCUGGGGUAUUGUAUUUAUUAACUUUCAAGAAAUUGCGCGGCAGCAGGUAUACAAAACUUUGGCUCAUAUUUUGAACUUCAUUUUGUUUUUCGGUCCUGCAGUCUUUCCGUAUAUCAGACUUUGUGAAAUGCGUUCGUCUGGCAGAUCAGAGACUUCGUGGCACAUCGAGACUAAUUUACGGUAUAAAUUUGCUUAGAAUGUAACUGAAAGUGCAUAGAGUAUGUUUUCAUUUAAAAUAGAGACUUACGAUAUCUAAAACUGCAUUACCUAUAAAUUUCAGUUUUCAGAGUCCAUUAUAUUUAAUGCACUGUGAUUUUAGUGAAGGAUGAACGAGUAGCUCAGGGUUUUGAGGUGCAGGUAAAUAGCCGUGGCUCUGGAACUCCCCACUAACCUUGUAACCCUGCACUUUUUGCCCUUUGGCUUUAACAUACUAGAAAAAAAUGUACUGUAUAUAUCAUGUAUCUCAACCAGUUGUUCUUGCGUCUUGAAAUAAGUCAAAGAAAUGUACUUUAUAAGCCCUAAUUCCCAGGCUCGUUUAUCCGCAGCAAAUAAAAUGGAAGAUGCACAAUAGAAACAAAUAGGAUUGCUACUGCUAGUAGUGUUACGUCUUAUUUUGUUGGAGCUUAUCUUCCAUCUUAUUUUGUGACCGUCCUAAUUUGGGUUGAGACAUUUGAUCAACGGCAACACUCUGAACAAUAAAAUCGAAGAUGAGCUUUAAAAAUGAUCAAACUCCAUUUAAUUGCAAGAGUACGAGCAUUAACGUCGAGCAUCAACGGGAGCUAUUUUUUAAAGAGCUAUGCAUAGGAAAUACAUAGUUUAAAAGCGCGCAGAUUUAUUUUCUUAUAUACUCUUGAUAGUUUUAGUUUUUACCAGUUUAUUUCCCCGGUUUUAUGGCCAGGAGACCUGUAUAUUUAAUCUUUGACAGGAAUGAAAACAAUAGUUCAAUGGAUUCUACUGUUGUUUAACAACAUAGCAAUUAUUCAGCUGACAAAACGUGAAAAAAAAAAAAAAAAACGAGAUAAGAACUGUAAAACAAUUAAGUUGCAGGAAUUCCGUGAUCUAACCUCUAUACAGUGCCAUCAUAAAGACUUGAGUCGUGUUAAAUUCAAUAUGGUGUCUAGCUUGUUUAGGGUCUCUUAAGGCCUGUGUUUUUCGAUUCCUAGUCAAAUGGGCUUAUUGCAAAGCUUGAAUAAUAUAAUUUUUUUUACUUUUGAUUGUUUGCUAGUACCUGUUAGUUUAUUUCCACCUGUCUCUGGUUUUGGUUAAACGGCAUCAGAUUUUAAACGACCGUAAACAAUGAUAGCAAACCAAGUGUUGAACCAGUGAAACAUCAGUAUAUGUUUCAAAUAUUCCACGUAGCAAUACAGAGUGCACAGAUAACCCUUGUUAAAAGCUCUGUCCUCCUCACAGUAUUACGCUGUACUUGAAUAACUGUUGAUUUACAGAGUCAACAACUGUAGUCUAAUGCACUGCUGCUUUUAAAUCAAAGCUUAGAAAGAACAUUUUCAUUCAUGUCUGGUUGAAUUGAAGAACCCUUAGCAUGGCAUUCUUACCACUGGUUUGAUAUCUAUAAGCUAUACAACACCGUUGCUUUCUUUAUACCUGAUGACUGUUGAUGUUUAUGUAUGUACUUAUAUAAAAGAGAAAACAUUACAAUAUGAUUUUUUUUUUCUUUGACAAACAAAAGUGCUGAAAUAAAUUCAAAAUAACUGCGCA